GAGAGGGAGAGAGAGGGAGAGAGAGGGAGAGAGAGGGAGAGAGAGAAAGCAUGUAAUCACACAAACAGUCAGCAGCAUGCCUUCCUGCCUGAGACUGCCCUCUGAUGUCACCAGCCCUGAAAGAGAGGGAGAGCGAGCAAGAGAGAGGGAGAGAGAGAAGGGGAGGGGACCACAGAAGCAGAUAGAGAGACUCCCAGUCGGAGGGUUAGAGCAGAGCGGAGCGGGAGUGAGUGAGUGAGAUCCCAGCGCCUCAGUCGCUGCAGCCUGUGCUCCCGUCUCAAGGACCCAGUGUGUGUGUUGACUUGCGCUGAGUUUCCAGCUCUGGUUUCUGCUACGCGGCUUUAGAGGCAGAAAACACACACAGCCCUGCAAGCAAGACCGAUGGUGGACGUGAGCGCUGCUCUGCCCAUGCAGGUUCCUCCCGCUGCCAUCCCCAUGGACCUGCGUGUUGACCAGCAGCCCUUUGGCCUGGCCCCCCAGCCCCCCGGGGAGGGGCCCCUGGCCCAGAGAGGGGCCACCGGGCCAGAGGGAGGGGCCACACCGGGCCAGCGGGAGAGGCAGCUGCAGCUGGAGCUGCUCCACCUGAAGCAGAAACAGCAGCUCCAGAGGCAGAUCCUCAUUGCUGAGUUCCAGAGGCAGCAUGAGCAGCUGUCCAGGCAGCACGAGGCCCAGCUGCAGGAGCACGUCCAGCAUCAGCAGGAGCUGCUGGCCCUGAAGCACCAGCAGGAGCUGCAGGAGCACCAGAGGAAGAUGGAGAGACACCGUCUGGAGCAGGAGCUGGAGAGACAGCAGAGAGAGCAGAAACUGCUGCUGCUCAAGAACAAGGACCGAGGACAGGAGAGUGCGGUUGCCAGUACGGAGGUGAAGAUGCGUUUGCAGGAGUUUGUUCUGAACAAGAAGAAAGCUCUGGCCCAGCGCAGUAUGAACCACUGCAUGCCCAGCGACCCUCGCUACUGGUACGGGAAGACCCAGCACAGCUCCCUGGACCAGAGCUCCCCUCCUCAGACAGGGAUGUCCACUUACAACCACCCUCUCCUGGGGAUGUACGACUCCAAAGACGACUUCCCCCUCCGCAAGACAGCGUCUGAGCCCAACCUGAAGCUGCGCUCCAAGCUGAAGCAGAAAGUGUCGGAGCGCCGGAGCAGCCCUCUGCUGAGGAGGAAGGAGGGGCCCAUCACCUCCACCAAGAAACGCUCCCUCGACACGGCCGAGUCUGUGAGUAACAGCGCCCCUGGCUCAGGCCCCAGCUCGCCCAACAACAGCUCCAGCAACAUCCCCAAGGAGAACGGUAUGGCUGUGUCCUGCAGCCAUGUGGAGGCCUCUCUCCUUCACAGGCUGACCGGCAGAGACGGACCCCUGAGCCAGCUCUCUCUGUACACAUCUCCCUCCCUGCCCAACAUCACCCUGGGACUGCCCGCCACCGGCCCAGCUAGCGUGGGGUCCUGCCCACAGGAUGGUGACGGCAGGCUGGCUAUGCCAGGGCUCCAGCACGGCCUCCCCCUGUCCUCCCCCUUCCUCCCAGGGGGACACCUGCCCCCCUACCUGGCCUCCUCCCCCCUGGAACGAGAUGGCGGGGGACACAACCCCCUCCUGAAGCACAUGGUCCUCCUGGAGCAGAGCCUCCUGGAGCAGAGCCACCUGGAGCAGAGCCACAGUCCCCUGGUGGCAGGUCUGGGAGGUCUGCCCCCCCCCUCCAUGGCCAAGCUCCAGCGGCAGCACCGCCCCCUGGGCCGGACCCAGUCGGCCCCCCUGCCCCAGAGCCCCCUGGGCCGGACCCAGUCGGCCCCCCUGCCCCAGAGCCCCCAGGCCCUGCAGCAGCUGGUGGUGCAGCAGCAGCACCAGCAGUUCCUGGAGAAACACAAGCAGCACUUCCAGCAGCUACAUAUCAACAAGAUGAUGUCCAAGCCCAGUGACCCGGGGGCGGGGCCUGGUGCGGGGGCGGGGCCAGGGGCGGGGCCAGGCCGGCAGCAUGAGAGCCACCCGGAGGAGACGGAGGAGGAGCUGAGGGAGCACCAGGCCCCUGAGGGGGGCCGGGCCCCCCAGGAGGAAGGCCUGCCGCGGGGGGGACGCACCAUCAAACAGGAGCCCCCCGACCCCCACGAGGACCACAGGGACCAGAGGGAGAGACAGGCCGAGCAGGAGAGACUCUUCAGACAGCAGGCCCUGCUGUUGGAGCAGCAGAGGAUCCACCAGCUGAGGAACUACCAGGCGUCUCUGGAGGCUGCUGGCCUGUCAAUCACCUUCCCAGGGCACCGCCCCCUCUCCAGGGCCCAAUCAUCUCCCGCCUCCGCCUCCUUCCCCGUUGUGGUGCAAGACCCGCCCACCAAACCUCGCUUCACCACCGGUCUGGUGUAUGACUCCCUCAUGCAGAAGCAUCAGUGCAUGUGCGGCAGCACCAACACACACCCAGAACAUGCCGGACGCAUCCAGAGCAUCUGGUCCAGGCUGCAGGAGACUGGACUCAGGGGGAAGUGUGAGUGUAUCCGGGGCAGGAAGGCUACUCCAGAGGAGCUCCAGACUGUUCACUCUGAGGCCCACGUCCUGCUGUACGGAACCAACCCUCUCAGACAGAGACUAGACAGUUCGGUGACCCCCAUGUUUGUGAGGCUGCCAUGUGGAGGGGUGGGGGUGGACAGUGACACCAUCUGGAACGAGGUCCACUCCUCCAGCGCCGCUCGCCUGGCCGUGGGCUCCGUGGUCGAGCUGGUCUUCAAAGUUGCUUCUGGAGAGCUCAAGAAUGGUUUUGCGGUGGUCCGGCCCCCAGGACACCACGCAGAGGAAAGUACCCCCAUGGGCUUUUGUUACUUCAACUCUGUAGCGAUCGCAGCCAAACUGCUCCAGCAGAGGUUGAGUGUCGACAAGAUCCUGAUAGUGGAUUGGGAUGUUCACCAUGGCAACGGCACCCAGCAGGCAUUCUACAGUGACCCCAACAUUCUGUACCUGUCUCUUCAUCGCUACGACGACGGAAACUUCUUUCCUGGGAGCGGAGCACCUGAUGAGGUGGGCAGCGGGGCAGGAGUGGGCUUCAAUGUGAACGUGGCCUUCACAGGAGGACUGGAGCCCCCCAUGGGAGACGCAGAAUACCUCGCUGCCUUCAGGGCGGUGGUGAUGCCCAUAGCUAAUGAGUUUGCUCCGGACGUUGUUCUGGUGUCGUCGGGCUUCGACGCCGUGGAGGGCCACAACUCACCUCUGGGAGGAUAUCGCCUCACCGCCAAGUGUUUUGGCUACCUGACCAGGCAGCUGAUGGGGCUGGCUGGGGGGAGGGUGGUGCUGGCACUGGAGGGAGGUCACGACCUCACCGCCAUCUGUGACGCCUCGGAAGCCUGUGUUUCUGCUCUGCUGGGGAACGAGCUGGAGCCCCUUCCUGAAGAGGUUCUGACCCAGAGGCCGAACGCCAACGCUGUUGUCUCCAUGGAGAAGGUUCUGGAAGCUCACGGUAAAUCCUGGCGCUCGUUACAGCGCCUGGCCUCCACGCUGGGCUGCUCCCUGAGCGAGGCUCGCAGGUGGGAGGCCGAGGAGGCAGAGGCCGUCACCGCCAUGGCCUCGCUCUCCGUAGCCAGCAAACACCUGGGCAACAGGCCGGAGGAGGAGCCUAUGGAGGAGGAGCCUCCCAUGUAGAGGCUUGUCUCUGACAUCCCCCUGAGCCAAUCACCAGUCUCCGUUUCAAUUUGACCCGCCUCCUCUGCCGUGUCCGAGCAGGGCGUGUGCUCCAGAGGGCUCUCCUGCAGGGGGCGUCCAGACACGACCAACAUCUCCCUCACGGGAACCCAAUCGACCAAUCACCGUAGGUGUUGUUGUCUGUACAGGAAGUAGGAGGUGAACAACCCCAGUCCUCGGUUGCCAGGUCUGCUCCUCGGGACCCUUUGGGAUUUAAGGGGGGUUAACCGUCCCACUCUGGCAACCUUGAGUGCCAGUGCAUUUAAACAGUACGUAAACACGAUGUAUGAACCAGUCCGGUCGUUUCAUCUGCUGCUGGAUCCUUUCAUCCAGGCAGCGACAGCCUGAGACGGAACAAGCCACCGGCUGCUUCUGUGUCUGGAAGACACUGAGGAAGGAGAGACCAGGUGUUUAGCUAAAAGGAGAUGCGAGGAAAGACGAUGAUGAACAGUAGUUCUGGUCGACGACAGACAGUGAAAGACUGUGAGUUUGUGCCUUUUGACCUGCCUGGUACAUUUUCACGCUGAACUCAGUGAAAGAGCUUUGCCUUAAAACCAGGGGAGGAGACCUCUAAUAUCUUCUACCUUCUCAUCCUUGAUCUUGGCGAGGCUGGCGAUGUCGGUACAAUGUUGGCACAUAGGACUGGGAGUCCCUUUGCAUGUUUACCCAUAAUCCCCUGCGGCCAACCUACUGUCCCACCUUGUUCCUUUUCAGUCUCUGCCUCCCCCCAGACCCCCCUCUCCCAUAUCCUCUCCUGCUCCCCCUUAGCCUUUGAACUGUAGUGUGGAGGUAGUUGCUAGCUACACAGGACAUAACAUGGCUGGAGUCUUUCUCUCCUGGGAGCGAGCGAGCGGGCUGAAAGGUUUAGCGUAGCACCAGACACCAGCCCUCUAGUGAACGUUAGCAUGCACUGUAGAGGAGCUACCUGCAGUUGAAGGAACUGCUGUUCAAAUGUAUUAGAAGUCAUUAACAAGCCAAAGCAUGACAUCUUAUAGUCUCAAACCACUUAGUAUUACAAACAUAUACGACAGGCUUUGCUAUUGUUGCUGAACACCCAAGACGCGUGGUGGUCACGGAUCUGUAAAAGAAACACACAACACUGAACUGACCCACGAAAUAUCAUUGUAGUCUGAUGACCAGAUGUUUUGUGGUAGGAAAACGAAUGUGUGCUUUUUUCAGUUGAUUAUGGCCAUGUCUAGAUCCUGUGGUGGUGCGUCUGUUGUCCAGAGCAGGUCCGGGCCUCCUCCACCCGGCCUGGGCCUGUCAGCAGGCCUGUCAUCAGGCCGAGCGGCCCUUCAGGCGUCAGGUGCUACCGAGCCGGUGCUUGUUUUUAGUUUUUGAGAUGGUCUAUGGUAGACCUACAGUCUAGGGUAGACCUACAGUCUAUGGUAGACCUACAGUCUAGGGUAGACCUACAGUCUAUGGUAGACCUACAGUCUAGGGUAGACCUACAGUCUAUGAAAGACCUACAGUCUAGGGUAGACCUACAGUCUAGGGUAGACCUACAGUCUAGACGACAGCAAAGGUGAGGCAGGACUCAUUUGUACUUUUUCAUUCAACUACUCGCAGAUCAUGAAUGACAUGGAUCCCUGUAUCGAUAGCAUGCUCUCUGACGGAACUUGAAUUUGACGUCCGUAACUCUUUAGAGAUUCUUAAUGACGGCUACAGUAUAGUUCACUGAACUCACAUCUUCACCAACUCAUUUUUAGCCUUUUGGCAACUACCUUCAAGAUUGUUUCUUCAUCGAAGUGGUAGUCAUUUGUGUAUUGUACUUUCAAUCGACAUGUUUGAAACAGUGAAACACAGUAGUGAUUGUUAUUCCUCAUUGGUCCUCUGGGUAUUUUUACCACAGAAUAGUUUUUGAUGACUACUCCAUUUUGUGUUUAUUCCUUCCACGUUUGUGUAUUUCUGUCCUGUCUCAUUUUUUAUGUCUUUACCAAGUGGACUCCAGUGUCUUAGUUUCUUUCUUUUUUUUACUUUUUAAAAUAAUUGUCAUGUUGUUGUUUUGAACCUUGUGUCUCCUUCUGUUACACAUUGUACAGUUGACACACUUUACUACAUGUGAGGGUUCAGAUCCUUGGAUUUGAUGAGCAGCCGUUUCCUGGCGUCGUUAGGGGAGGGCAGGGGGUGCAAACAUUUCUACUUUGUAUAAUGAUUCCAACAAUUGUGUAUUUACUAAACUGUCUGUUCAUAGUAGAUUUCUAUAUGAAAAACUCUAAGUAUAUUAUAUAUUAUAAGAUAUUACAAACUUGUUUUUUGAAGUUAGUAUUGCAAGGCAACAUGUUCAUAUUUCAUUGGCUGGUCUGACUCUCUGCUGUUCACUGUUUGUGGCUGCCAUUGGCUACGUGUUGAGUACAGUAAAUCCCUAUUGGGUGUCGUUUUUCUAUUGCUGUACAUGACUGGCAUUGCCUUUGUCAACUCCACUAAUGUGCUGUUUUCCCAUAUUUUGUUACAAAAGCUCUAAUAUUCCUUUUAUGUAUCUAGGCACUUUCUCCCUGUGAAACUGUACAAACUUAUUUCUUGAGUUGAAAAAUGUUAUAGUUGAAAAUACCAACUUGUUAUAUCUGACCAAAACUGAUCAUAGUUCCAAUUGGAUCCCUCUGAUCCAACCCCCUUCCUCCACUCUCCUGCUCCUUCUAGAGAGCCUUCUACUAAGGAUCUCAAUACUCUUAAGAAAGGAACUUUUCCAGUUGAGCUUUGAAAAAAAAGUGCUAGGAAUAGAAUCAGUCCAUGUAAUUUUUUUAACCGGUUCCCCUUGAAACACUGUGAUGUUGUGCACCAGGAGAAGCUACAGGUCCUGUUGUGUUCUUCAUGUCGUGCUGCCACAGCUCCUCAGGUGUCGGGUCACCCUAACCGCUAGAACCUCCUGACCCCUGAGCCCCAACACAUUAGUUUACCAGCUGCAAAUGUCCUGGAGUUCCAGGUUUUGGUUCCAUGUUCUGCCUCAGUCUAGAUAAUAAACCCAACAAACCUUUUAUUUAUUCAAAAGGAAAUGAAGGGUUUAUGAUAUCAGGUGGUAAAGUGUGUUUCCCAUACUUUCAUCAAUCCAAUGCUUUGGAAUGUGUGGGAAUCACUCAAAGAAUGGUACAGAAUUGGGAUGUGAAAUGAGUAACUAUUUCUGGGCAUUAAAUCUUUGUUUCUGGUUCUAUUUUUUCCAUUGCACUUGUCAUUUUCCUCGGAAGUUAAUUCCUGAUUGUAAUCCAGAAGAGAUUCCUUCAAACAGCGAAAUGUUAGAGAAGGUCACCAAGAUGAAAAGAGAACAUUGAAUGCCUUUUACAUUUGCAAAGAUCCCAAUGUUUCACUAAUAGAUUGUGAUUAUUUGCGAGUGGAUUGCUACCAAGUUGCACAAAUCCCUCCCCCCUUUUCUAAGCCUCACAAUGCCUUGCCGCAAACGUCAUGUUUAAUUUCUAUGAACUCAAGGAGUCAUACAUUUGUCAAAGGGACUUUACUUUCACCCGGUUAUUCUUGCGUGAAAGCCAGGUAGUUUGUCUUAGUCAAAGAAAAAAACACAAUUAGCGUUAAACAAGAAAGAACAUUCCAUGAGCUAUUUUCUUUGUAUGUUAUUUUGUAUUUAAAAUAAUUCUGGGCAUUUUAUUUUCUUCAUCUGACUGGGCCUAAGGAUUGUUAGUUGUUUAUUGUAUUGGCCUAGUUAGAUCUGCUCUCUCCUCCUCACCUGCUCCUGGCCUCCUCUCUGCAUGGUCCUAGCAUCCGCAUGUAUCUGUCCCCUGUAACAUAUCUGCACAUGAGCACUGAAGGACAUCCACACCUAACCUGCAUCCAGAGAGAAGGAGCGACAUGGAGCCUCGCUCCUCUUCACUCUUAGGGUUCCCAGAAGGGUUUGACAGAAACAUGCUUUCUGUGUCAAACAGACAUUCUUUUUACUUAAAGAAACAGACUAAACUGAAUGAUGGGGGGGACAUUUGAAUAUUUUACAAAAUCAAUCUUUUAUCUAGCACUUGUGACAUACUGACAAUAGAUUUUAUUGUAUUUAUGUAGAAUAUUGUUUUAGGGGUAGCUAACAACAGGUUGAGGACUGGGUGGAUUUACUUUAUGGGCAUCAUGGAGGGUUUGGGGUAGGAGGGAGGGCAGUUAUCAUCUGGCGUUAUCAAAGGGCUCUGUCUGGGUUAUCAUUGUUGUUCAGUUCCACUUCAGCCAGUUAUGUCUGUGACCACUGUGGUUAAAAUAAACAGUUCUAGGUUUACAAAAUGUAUUAAAUGCAUAUUGUUUUUUUUAUGGUUUUGUUUGAACUUGUUCUCCAUUGUUCCAGAAUAGUACUUGUUUCUUGGGACCUUUUCUCUAACAUGUUCUCUUUGACAUCUACACUAUAUAAAAUAUCACCUUUUGGAAAACCUU